AUGUUUGACUGUAUGGAUGUGCUAGCGGUGAGCCCGGGACAAAUGUUGGAUUUCUACACUUCGCGUCCCUCUUCGUGCAUGCUGCAAGAGAAGGCACUGAAAGCGUGCUUCAGCGGGCUCGCUCAGAGAGACUGGCAACACCGCCGGAGCGCACAGUCCAUCGAGACCCAGAGCACCAGUUCUGAGGAGCUGGUCCCAAGCCCCCCGUCCCCCCUGCCCCCGCCCCGCGUCUACAAGCCCUGCUUCGUGUGCCAGGACAAGUCCUCGGGGUACCACUAUGGUGUCAGCGCCUGCGAGGGCUGCAAGGGUUUUUUCCGUAGAUCCAUCCAGAAGAACAUGGUCUACACGUGUCACCGGGACAAGAACUGCAACAUCAACAAGGUGACCAGGAACCGCUGUCAGUACUGCCGGCUCCAGAAGUGCUUUGGCGUGGGCAUGUCCAAAGAGU